UGUUUACCCCGCCCCCAGCUGGCUCCCGUCGAGUGACGCAAGCAGGAGACCGCAGGUGCACAGGCUGGGAACUGCAUCCAAACCACACUAGAUAAACCUCCUUCUAAGAUGGCCUCAGCAAAUGAUGCUCGAUAUGGACAAAAAGAGUCUGCGGAUCAGAACUUUGACUACAUGUUUAAGAUCCUGAUCAUUGGUAACAGCAGUGUCGGCAAAACCAGUUUCCUGUUCCGCUAUGCUGAUGACUCCUUCACCCCUGCUUUCGUCAGCACUGUCGGCAUUGACUUCAAAGUGAAGACCAUCUACCGGAACGACAAGAGGAUAAAGCUCCAAAUAUGGGACACUGCUGGGCAGGAGAGGUACAGGACCAUCACCACAGCAUACUAUCGUGGAGCGAUGGGCUUCAUUCUGAUGUAUGACAUCACCAACGAGGAUUCCUUCAAUGCCGUUCAGGACUGGUCCACACAGAUUAAGACGUAUUCGUGGGACAAUGCUCAAGUGCUGCUGGCGGGAAAUAAGUGUGACAUGGAAGACGAGAGAGUGGUUGCUUCCGAGAGAGGAAGACAGCUGUCUGAACAGCUGGGCUUUGAGUUCUUUGAGGCCAGUGCCAAGGACAACAUUAACGUGAAGCAGGCCUUUGAUCGACUGGUGGACAUAAUCUGUGAGAGGAUGGCCGAGAAUCCGGAGUCGGCGGACCCGUCCACUACAGGAAACCGGCAGGGCCCUCAGCUCAGUGAGCAGCCGCAGCGCUCUCACACAGACUGUGCUUGCUGAGGGUCGCUCACAGCCUCUCCACCGUUCCCAGCAGACUGAACAAUGGACGCUCUAGGAAAGAAGGCUUUGGUACGAGAAGAGCUGAUGGGAUGCCGCUGAGAACCUGUCCACUCUCUGUCCCUUUUGUCAGAUUGACAUCAGUGCAUUUUUGUUUCUCUUAUAUUGAUAUCGUUAACCAAUGCUCCUCAAACCCCUAAGAAUUUGAAUAAUUUCAUAUCUUUUUGACUUCAGGGUCAAAUUAAUUCCAACGUGACAUUACGGUGAAUCACAUUUUGUUUUGUUACACUGUUCAUGAGCAUUUCCUAGGUAAGUUUUUGGAUUCAUCAAGUUCAAAUGAUCAACACAAAUAUCCUCAAUACAUCGCCAGGAGAUUAUUUCCUAAACAGAAAAAUAUACAUUUGGGACCAGCAUAAAGGCUCAUCCCAAGAUAGAACGUUUGAAGGAAUCCUAAGCUUGAAUUCAGCACCGUUUCGCUCUUCAUUUUAAAAUGAUAGAGUGAAAACGAAAUGCGCACUAAUUAAUUUGCUCCCUAUUUAUUUUUUUUUAAAAUAACUGCAGGUGUGUUUUGUAAAACAUAUAUUAUAUAAGCAAAAACGGUAUAUGUGUAAUAAUAGAUGUAACUAGGAAAAAAAUAAUUAUGAUGUGCUUAAUUGCUUCUAGUUUUGUAAUAUGAAGGAAUUAAUGAAGUUAAGUGUAUUUUCAGUUACAUGUUCUGCUUUUACUCUGGUUCCUACAUACAGGUGGUCUCAAACUCCUCGUUUUACCAUAAAGGAAGUGUGUGAGUGUGUGUGCAUGUUAGUAUGUCAUCCUAGUAUUUUCUAGAUGUUUCCAAGCAUAGAUCCAUGGGCUGAAAACACAAUAAAAGCUUUAAUGAGAAGAGAACCUAAAUCAAAGAAUAGCAGCUAAUAAGACUGUAUUUUGAAAAGACUUAUAUUAAAACUAAAUGCAUUGUGAUUCGCUUGAAGUUCCCAUUUAGGCAUUAGAAAACAGAUGCUUUAUGCACCACUGAUUGAUCACUAGAGAAUUAACAUAUGUUAAUGCACACAAUAAUGUUGAUUUAGUUGUAAUUAAGUAUGUUGAUUUACUGCAUCAUUUAUUGCUUAUUUAUGUACAUGCGUUUUUGUUGAUGUAUGUAUUCUGCAUUAGAUUAAGAGGGCUACUGCUAUACUUAUGACAGGCUUGGACAUCUGAAAUGUCUCGCUUUUAUAAAUCACAGAGUUUUAAACACAAUCAUGUUUGUAGAAAUAUGUGUUGAUUUCCCCCUAUGCAAUUCAGAAGCUUUUUUAUACCAAAUAGUCACUGGAUAUGCAGGGAUAUUGUCUGUAAGGCAAAUUAAGAUUUUUUUCCUUCAUUUAAAACCUUUUUUUACAGUCCAACAAAUGUCAAACCACUGGGAUCUUCUUAUUCAUACAGAGAAAUGUGACACAUUUGUUUGCUUUAUAUGCAGAGUAAUCACUUUUAAAGUAGAAGCCAUAAAACAGAGGUUUGGUUUUGAUACUUUUUUUUUGUGCAUUAGUUGGCAUUUUGAGUUUUUCUUUUUUUGUUUUUUUUUGUUUAGAAAGACAGUAGUCCCUCAGUUCCAAAUUCCAAAUCAGUUUUUAGUUUAUAUGCAUUAUACUGUGUUUCACUCUGGGAGAUAAUGGUAAGAAUAAACCACUGUUAGCAAGUGAUAUAAGCAGGACACUUACUGUCAAGAGUUUUAUGAGAAUCAAGUGACCACUUGUUUAUUCUGUUUACUGAGUUCAAUAAAAAGCUAUGUUUGAAA